AUCACAUCUGUUCUGAAAGCAGAUUCCCAGAAUCCGGCACCCACGUGGGUUUCACGUGAUCCCAUUACGACGCUCGGCUCUCCGUCAGAUCCGGCACGCGGCCAGCCAGGCUCCCAAACGACAAUCGACCAGCCUCAUAUACCUUUCGCAUACGCACCUCUUCGUCACACUCGCCCUCGCCGACAUCCCAAGGAGGAACGUGAAUACAACAUGCAUACGAGGAGUUAACGCUAUACAAAGGAGCACAUAACAUAAUACAACCCGAAUCCUGCGCAUUCCCAUAUAAUCCUAUUCCCGCAUCGAAGACGCGCAAUCAUGGCCUACAUCCUUUACUCCGUCUGCCUCGUCUCCCUCAUCGUUGGAACAGUCUUGUACCUCACCCGCGCCCACUGGGUGCCUUACAUGCCAAACCGCAUCCAAGACGCCAUUUCGGGGUUAUCGUACACGCGCGUCCCGACGACAUUCAUGGGCGAUGUCGAAUCGGGUUUCACAUCGGCCGACUUCGACCUGUCGAGCAACAUUGUCGAAGGCGAUUCGCGGGGCGGCCUGGAUCAGACGGCCAAGCGUGAAGUCCAGCGAUUAAUGAAGUUGAGGGGGAUCAACUUUGACGAGGCCCGGCGAGUGUACAUGGAGCAACGAUUCAAAAAGAAUGGGAUCGGUGCGGAUGGGGUACCGCGCGAUCCGAAGUUUGUGUCCUUUUCUUGAGUGCGAUGAGCGGGUGUCAAUUGAUAUUGGAAUGGCAAGCGUCUAAGGAGGCAUAUUGGCGUAUUGCUGGAUCUCUUAUUUCUGCUUCGGAUACCGUUGUUCAUGGUUGUCAAGCUGUGCAUCCAGACAGCCGGCAAUGGUUGGACAAUCACAGAUUUGACUUCCCAUUGGUUGGCCGGCUAGGCUUUGUUACUGAGGAAUUGCUUGACGCUCAAAUGAGCAGGAACAUCUCUUUUCCUCUAAUGUCUUCGGCCUUGCGACUUCUCUCAUCAUACGCUGGCCCUGAGACCCAAAAAGAAAGAUCAGCCG